AUGCACCAAACUGACUUGGGUUUUGCAGAAGCUUGGAGCUCACCGGAACUGGCCGGAGUGAACUUCACCGGAACUGGGUAUAGUCUUGCCAUACUCCAAGUCCAACCAAUCUCAGCCGUUGAAUCUCCCAACCCUGAACCCACCAAAGCCACAGAUUUCAUCCGUAUCAAGUGCAACGCAACUUUACACCCUGAGCUCUGCUACACCUCGCUCUCCGGCUUCGCCAACGCCAUCCAGGAGGACCCGGCUCGGCUGGCUAAUGUCGCCAUAGUCGUCAGCCUCUCGAAAACCAAGCACAUGGCCAAGUACGUCGCCAACAUCUCUCUCCAUUUCGACACGGGCGGCAACAAGGGACUCGCCUCCGCCCUCCACGUCUGCUCCAAGGUGUUCAGCAGCGCCGUCGACGAGAUUCGCUACUCGCUCAGCGAGAUGAAGCGUCUCCGCCGUCCCGGCCAGUCGCAGUCGGUCGGGUCCCAGAUUGGCGACGUGCAGACGUCGAUGACCGCGGCGAUCGCGUACGAGGACACGUGUACGGAAUCAUUAGAGGAAAUCGAGUAUGAAGGGCCGUUGAAGACGGACAUCUGUGAUCGGGCUGAGAAGGUUUUUCACUUCAUGGGUAAUGCGCUUAAUUUGGUGAUGAAUGCUUUUGCUGAUACUGUUGCGGCUCCGGCUCCGUGA